AUGGCUGAAAAAUCAAGAAAGUCUUUAGCCCCAUCUCCAUCCGACCAGGCUCCUGAAGAGGACCUUGUAAUUGUCAAGGUCGAGGAAGAUCAUGGCUGGGACCAGGAAUCCAGCCCACAUGAACACAACCCUCUUGGCCAAGAGCUGUUCCGCUUGCGAUUCAGGAAGCUGUGCUACCAGGAGACACAAGGACCCCGGGAAGCUCUGAUCCAACUUCGGGCACUUUGCCAUCAGUGGCUGAGGCCAGAUUUGAACAGCAAGGAGCAGAUCCUGGAGCUGCUGGUGCUGGAGCAGUUCCUGAGCAUCCUGCCCGUGGAGCUGCAGGCCCUGGUGAAGGAACAUCAGCUGGAGAGUGGGGAGGAGGUGGUGACCUUAUUGGAGGAUCUGGAGAGGCAGAUUGACAUCCUAGGACGGCCAGUCCCGGCUCAUGCACAUGGUCACAGGAUCCUCUGGGAGGAGGUAGUGUACUCGGAACCCGCACCAGAGCCUCCAGAUGCUCCACUUCAGCCUCCAGCAACUGGGCACAUGGCUCCCGAGCUCCACGGGCCCUGGGACAGAGCUCUAUCUGCUUCUCACAGUCCCACCCCUUCCCAGAAAGGAAGUCCUGGAAACCAGGUGGCUGCGUCACUUCUAACUGCAGGGCUCCAGACUCUGGAAAAGAUUGAAGACAUGGCUGUAUCCCUGAUUCGAGAGGAGUGGCUUCUUGAUCCAUCACAGAAGGAUCUGAAGAGAGAUGACAGGCCAGAGAGUUACAGAAGCAUGUUCUCCCUGGGUGGUGAAACCAGGAAUGAGAACAAGGAAUUAGCUUCAAAACAGGUAAUAUCUACCGGAGCCCAACUACAUGGAGAGACAGCAGCCAAAUGCAAUGGGGAUCUUAUCGGGGGUCUUGGGCCUGGAGAAGCCCAAGACCUUCUGGGCAGAUUAGAGAGGCAGCGCGGGAACCCCACCCAGGAGAGACGACAUAAAUGUGAUGAAUGUGGAAAGAGCUUUGCUCAGAGCUCAGGCCUUGUUCGCCACUGGAGAAUCCACACUGGGGAGAAACCUUAUCAGUGUAAUGUGUGUGGGAAAGCCUUCAGUUACAGGUCAGCCCUUCUUUCCCAUCAGGAUAUCCACAACAAAGUAAAACGCUAUCAUUGUAAGGAGUGUGGCAAAGCCUUCAGUCAAAACACAGGCUUGAUCCUUCACCAGAGAAUCCACACUGGGGAGAAGCCGUAUCAGUGCAAUCAGUGUGGAAAGGCGUUCAGUCAGAGUGCGGGCCUCAUUCUGCACCAGAGAAUCCACAGUGGGGAGAGACCCUAUGAAUGUAAUGAGUGUGGGAAAGCCUUUAGUCAUAGCUCACACCUUAUUGGACAUCAGAGAAUCCACACUGGGGAGAAACCCUAUGAGUGUGAUGAGUGUGGGAAAACCUUCAGGCGGAGCUCACAUCUUAUUGGCCAUCAGAGAAGCCACACUGGGGAAAAACCCUACAAAUGCAAUGAGUGUGGGAGGGCCUUCAGUCAAAAGUCAGGCCUUAUUGAGCAUCAGAGAAUCCACACUGGAGAAAGACCCUAUAAAUGCAAAGAAUGUGGGAAAGCUUUCAAUGGGAACACUGGCCUCAUUCAGCAUCUGAGAAUUCAUACAGGGGAGAAGCCCUAUCAAUGUAAUGAGUGUGGGAAAGCCUUUAUUCAGAGGUCCAGUCUCAUUCGACAUCAGAGAAUCCACACUGGAGAAAAAUCUGAGUCUAUAGGAGUUUAG